AUGGACCGCGACAAUGGACAAACGCCGACGCUCCACAGCACGACAUGCUUCUUUAACCAUUGCAAUGGAGACACUGUGCCAGGGCAUUGGGCAUGCCUCGACCACACUGACAAGCCGCGGUGCAUGGUCGACCAGUGCCGCAACAUGGUGUACGCGCGCCAACGGUGCAUCCACCACGGCGGGAAGAAGCUGUGCACGGUCCCAGGCUGCGGCAUCACGAGGCGCCUGGGCGACUUUUGCUCGAAACAUGCCCCGCAGAAGAAACGGUGCAGCACCGAAGGCUGCGAAACUCUUGCCCAUUUGCAAGGCAAGUGUGUGCGACACGGCGGCGGCCGCAUGUGCAAAGUCGACCAGUGCACGUCGCAUGCCAGGAACGGUCCGUAUUGCGGCCGGCACUUCAAAUUGCUCUGCCCUCCUGUCGCCCCGGUCGAAGCCCCGCCCGCCUCUCUGCCCCGCAUUUCCCCAAGCAUGGUCACGCCGACACUGCCCCUUGGACAACAUCACGAUCCCUAUGCCGCGUUGAGUCGACGACACCAUGACUACGACGCCGACUACGUCCACGUGUCUUCGCCACCCCCCGAGUUGCUGCACUUGGACCUGAACGACGACAGCGGAUUCGAAGACAACACCGACCAUGUCGAUUGUAGGCAGUACAUGUAG